AGUAGGCGGGGCGAGGCUGGAGCCGUAGGAGGGCCACGCUCUGGCUGCUGGCACAGUGCGCGGGAGACCAUGUCCGGGGGCAGCAGCUGCAGCCAGACCCCAAGCCGGGCCAUCCCCGCCACUCAUCGGGUGGUCCUCAGCGACGGUGUGCAGCUGCCCCCCGGGGACUACAGCACCACCCCCGGCGGCACGCUCUUCAGCACUACGCCGGGAGGUACCAGGAUCAUCUACGACCGGAAGUUCCUGAUGGAGUGUCGGAAUUCACCUGUGACCAAAACACCCCCACGGGACCUGCCCACCAUUCCGGGGGUCACCAGCCCUGUAAGCGAUGAGCCCCCCACGGAAGCCAGCCAGAACCACCUGCAAAACAGCCCCGAAGAAAAGCCAGCAGGCGGUGACGAAUCACAGUUUGAGAUGGACAUUUAAGGGACCAGCCACCAGAUCGAGCAAUGCCUCUGGGCCCCUCUGGCUCUUCUCUCGAGAGAAGAGUCACACCAGCCAGUCAUCAUCCUGGGCAGGCAUUGGGUAUGGGGUCGACCGCCCCAGUCCUCUGCCCCCUCAGUCAGGGCACCUGCUCCCCCUUCCUCUUGGCAAACACCAGCAGAUACCUCUAUGUGCCUCCACUCAUGCGGGAGCUGGCACCCCAAGGGGAGUGACUCUUGAGCACACACCCUGCAGCCUGGGGCCAGGAAGCGGACUUGGAAGAGCCAUUCUGGAUGAUCACGGCUCUUCCUCUGAAGGCAUACCCACCCCUUCCUUACAUUACUGUGCCUGGGAAACUUCCCCUCCCCCUGCUUCCCCAAGAGAGGAAAUAAAAGCCACCUUCGCCCCAGGGCCAA